AUGGGGAUUGAGGAUGUUUAUCAUGAGAUAAGUCACCUCCAGGUACUGCGUCGGCCACCACCGCUCAAAUCUGACCCGGCGCGAAGAAAUCAGAGCAAGUAUUACAAAUUUCACGGUGAGAGUGGACAUACGACUGUCGGAUGCUUUGAUCUAAAGGACAAGGUUGAAAGAUUGAUCCGUGAGGGGAGGCUCAAUGAAUACAGGGCUGACCGACGGAGCAACAACAAUCGGCGAAACAACAACCGACGGGAAGAUCAAAGACAAGAUAAUCCACCUGAACCUGUCGGUGUGAUAAGAACAAUCUUUGGAGGGCCAUAUAUCGGCGGUACUUCUCACCGCUCACAAAAGGAGUACGCUAGAGAAUCGAAGGAAAAAUUUAACCGGAGAGUCAUGAGUGUGUCCGGUCAAGAGGUCAAGGCCGCGAGAUAUGAAGAGGCUGAAAUAACGUUUUUAGAGGCAGACGCUAAUGAUGUGCAUUUCCCCCAGAAUGACGCUCUCGUUGUUGAUGCCAUGAUUGGUAACCACACGGUUUGCCGCAUCCUAGUUGACAACGGUAGUUUGGUAGACAUUCUGUGCGUCGAUUACCUAGAAAAGAUAGGGGAUUCCCCGAACGAGGUUGCAAAGUAA